CCGGCUGCGCAAGCCAACCACUCUCUUGGUCCCUCCUUCCCUCAACCGCCGUUCCCUAUAAAUGUGUGGAAGGAAAUGAUAGAAAGGGCAGAAAAACAAUCAGAACAAAAGAAAAUGGCAAAUAACGCUGGCGAGGAAAAAGAAGAGAAGCAGCAGCAUGAAGUUCCCCUCCUCACUCCUUAUAAAAUGGGAAAUUUUCAACUAUCUCACAGAGUUGUUUUGGCACCCCUUACAAGGCAGCGAUCUUACAAAAACGUCCCUCAGCCUCAUGCUAUUUUGUAUUACGCCCAGCGAACCACAAAAGGGGGUCUUCUAAUUGCAGAAGCAACUGGAGUUUCUAACACUGCCCAAGGAUAUCCGGAUACACCUGGUAUAUGGACAAAGGAGCAGGUUGAGGCCUGGAAGCCCAUUGUAGAUGCAGUACAUGCUAAAGGAGGAAUCUUUUUUUGCCAGAUUUGGCAUGUUGGCAGAGUUUCAAAUAGAGAUUUUCAGCCAAAUGGACAGCAGCCUAUCUCCAGCACAGACAGGGCAUUAACUCCCCAAGUCCGUUCCAAUGGCAUAGAUGUUGCUCAGUUUACACCUCCACAUCGAUUAAGGACCGAUGAAAUCCCUCAGAUCAUCAAUGAUUUCAGGCUUGCUGCAAGAAAUGCUAUUGAAGCUGGCUUUGAUGGAGUGGAGAUCCACGGGGCCCAUGGUUAUCUAAUAGACCAGUUUCUGAAAGACCAAGCCAACGACCGAACAGACCAGUACGGAGGCUCACUUGAGAACAGAUGCAGAUUCGCUCUUGAAAUAGUUGAAGCGGUUUCCAAUGAGAUCGGAGCAGACAAGGUUGGAAUAAGGCUCUCCCCCUUUGCUAACUAUAUGGAAUGUGGUGACUCGAACCCAAGCGCUUUGGGACUUUACUUGGCUGAAUCAUUAAAUAAGUAUGGCAUUCUUUACUGCCAUAUGGUUGAGCCAAGAAUGAAAACCGUUGGGGUGAAGUGUGAGUCCCCACACAGUCUUUUGCCGAUGAGAGCGGCUUUCAAAGGAACUUUUUUAGUGGCUGGUGGCUAUGGUAGGGAAGAUGGGAACAAAGCCAUUGCUGAAAACCAUGCUGAUCUUGUGGUUUAUGGCCGCCUGUUUCUGGCUAAUCCAGAUUUGCCAAAGAGGUUUGAGAUCAAUGCCCCUCUGAAUGAGUAUAACAGAGAAACGUUCUAUAUCUCCGACCCAGUUGUUGGGUAUACAGACUAUCCGUUUCUUGAAACCACACCUUUGUAAUAAUGCUUGAUGUCAUUCAGAGCUCAAUAUAUUCUCUGCAUAUCUUCUUUUCUCCAUCAAUAAUAAGAUUGUGACAUUCUGUAGACUAGGACCAGUUCCGAAACGAACAGUUUGGAGUAAGGGUAAUGGGGGAACUGGAACCUUGCUGUUCUAAAUUGGAUCAAAUUUCAGUGAGUUCACGUUUUUAGCCAAUCAAAAAAGUAAAAAAAUAUCGAAACGUGUCAGUUCUGGCCCUACACACAUAUGUGCAUAUAGAUAGUACAUUAUUAAGGUGUGAUGCUCCCUCAUACAUAUAUGUAUUUAUGUGUGUGAAUGUUUACAAAUAUCUGUCCAUAUAUGUGUGAUUAAGGCAACAGUGGGGUAGCAAGGAGGGACUCGACGGUGUUUCAGCCCCCCAAAAAAUUCUGCAUGUAUUAUGUGUAUAUAAAAAAAAUACGUAGUACUUGUAAACUAUAAAAAUAAAUUUAUGAAUUUAUGGAACUUCUUGUUAG